UGCAGGCAGGUGGUCGGCCUCUCGCUAUCCACCACCGCCGCUCCAAUUUUCUCCUCGAUCAUCUUCUGCUCCACCCGCAAAAGGGGCAGAGAAAUUUAACCCAUUUUUUGUGGUUCGUGACCGAAGAUCUAGGAGAUCCGAGCGACAUGGGUCCCACCGGCACCAGCUCUGCCGCCAUCCUCUUCUGCUGCAUCUGUGUCGUCGUCUCAUUAUCGUCAUCGAUGGUGGUCGUCAGGUCCGCCGUCCCAGAAGAAACCCCCAAGUUUAACGUCGUCUCGGAGGAAAACCCUAAGGCUAUCGCCGCCGCAAAGGAAAUCCCAAAGUCUACCGUUGUCCCAGAGGAAACCCCGAAGUCUACCACCACCCUGGAGGAAAACCCGAAGUCUACCGCCAUCCCGGAGGAAACCCCGAACUCUACAGACGCUCCAAAGGAAACCCCGAAGUUUAUCUCAAUGGGCGCCCUUGAGUGCUCCGCUAACAUAACGAUGACAAAGCCAGCGCGCAAGCUGGGCGCUGUUGUUGAAGGGGUGUGCCCGGUGCGGUUCGACCACACGCGCGGGAUCAGCGCGGUGGCCGGCAGCUGCAGGGACCGGCCGCGCCCGUCGCCGGAGCGGUGCUGCGGGGCACUCAAGACCUUCGCGUGCCCCUACAGCGACCUCAUCAACGACAACGACCACAACGGGUGCGCCAGCGACAUGUUCUACCAGAUCAUCGUCCGCGGCAGGCUGCGGCCGGGCCUCUUCUCGCAGAUGUGCGUCGAAGGCCCGCUGGGCCUCUCGUGCUGAUCAACUGCGUGCGUGAGUGCGUGCCCGACCCACCGGCCGGUAUAUAUCGCCGGGUGAUUAUUACACCUAAGAUAAGACGAUGAUGCCUGUCACGUCCAGUGCGUGCCAUUGAUUUUGUGAUGCAUGUAUGCGGUUUUAACUAAUUUGUAAACACUCUGUAUCAUUUUCCCCUUGUCGUGUAAUUGCGCGUGUAUAUAUUUUGUUGUACACAAAAGAAAAAACCUUAGAAUAUAAGGAUGUUUCUCAUCAUUGGGAAAAUU